UGGAUUUCGCGCGAAAUUGACGCAUUUUCUUCGCGCCCGAAACAGCGGACUCCGGGAAAGUGUUACGAGUAGAACAGUCGGUGAGUCAUGAUAAAUAUGUAUUUUAUGAACGUCAAUUUUGCAUAAAAUAUCAACAUUAAAAUGUUAUCAUGCAACACCAAGUAAAAUUUCAUACUAGAGCGCGAGGAGGACACAAGCAGUCUUCCCUGUACACAAUGCAUAGCUAGCUAGCUGCUGAUGUUAGCUAACUUGCUCUCACUCUGCUACCUCUCGCAUUCAUUGUUAUGCAGAGAACAUUCCACCAUGGGAAUUCACGGGCUUGCAAAGUUGAUUGCAGACCAGGCACCAUCUGCCAUAAAAGAACAAGACAUCAAGAACUACUUUGGUAACCACCUAAAAUUACUGUUAUUUUUGUUGGCAACCAAGCUUUCUCGUCAAGCAGUGGUUGUUUGGAGUGUAUCGUGCCAUUGCAAUGUUGUCAUGUUCUCUUGACUACUUUAGGGCGGAAGAUUGCAAUAGACGCCUCCAUGUGUAUGUAUCAAUUCCUUGUCGCCGUCAGACAGGAUGGAAAUGUGCUGCAAAACGAGGAUGGAGAGACCACAAGGUAGGUAGUUAGCUACAUGUUCCCGCAUGCCUACUGAUCUACUCGUGCAUGUGUGCGAUAUAUAACGUUAACAAAGUCUAACCCCAUUCUAAUAUGGUAUUUUCAGUCAGUUUUGUCAUGUGAAUUCUCUUGCAUCCUCAGCCAUCUCAUGGGCAUGUUCUACCGGACCAUCCGCAUGCUUGAGCACGGGAUCAAGCCUGUCUAUGUGUUUGAUGGCAAGCCCCCACAGCUGAAGUCAGGAGAGGUGAGACAGGCUGGGGUCACAUUAGCCCCUAUGAAUCCGAGUGUGGACUGGACAAGCCUCCACUCUUGUCUCUAACUUUAAGAUACACAUUUUUUCAAACAGUCCCUUUACAAUUCAGAAUGUAGAAUAAACUUCAUUUUAACUUACUCUGUAUCAAUGACUGUAUGAUAAAAGGUUAGUCAACAUGUAUUUACUCAAAUGUUUAACAAUGUGUCAAUCACUGUCUGUCUCUGUCUGUGUGUGUGGUUCUAGCUGGAGAAGAGAGGUGAGAGGAGAGCAGAGGCUGAGAAACUGCUGGCCCAGGCCCAGGAAGCAGGUAGAGCAAAUCACCCACACCAAACAAACAUUGAUUUACAUAAUGUUUGCAUGCAUACAGAAAUUACACCAUGGCGUUGUGUGUAAUGACUACCUAUUUUCCUAUUCACCACUAGGGGAGCAGGAGAACAUUGAUAAGUUCAGUAAACGUCUGGUGAAAGUCACCCGGCAGCACAAUGACGAGUGCAAGAAGCUGCUCACCCUGAUGGGGGUGCCAUACAUCGAGGUUUGUCCAGAUCUCUGUUCAGUUCCUUUCCUUAGCCAAGCAUAAACAGUUAAAUCUCAUGUGAAUGUAGUUGGUUACACCUAUGUCCAUUCUAGGGCUGACACCAAUUAGUCGACUGGUCGAUCGUUUGGCCGAUAGGCUGUUGGUCGACAGAUUAAUUUUUUUGUCGAGCAGUAGCAAAUAAUAUAUAUUUGUAUUUGCGCCAAUCUCAGUGAACUAAUCCGUCGCGAGGCCUAGACUAAAAGCCAAUUUAUGCUUGAGCUGAAAAUGUGGUCGGUGGCUCCAUAUGGAGGGUGUGAUGCAAUUGCGGAGCCUCCAGAGGCAUGCAGAGGCCAACUCGAGCUCUGUACCGCAUCGCCAUGCGCCUCCCAAAUGUUGUAACAAUGUAGAGAGCACUGUAUAGCUCCGCAUUGACAUGAUUGGUUGAUGGUAGGUGAGGGCGGUACAUCCUGUAUAAACACAAACUCACUUCCUUCACAACUGCUCUGCACUGAAUGCCCUGACUUUUGCAGAGGCCCUAUCACCGUAAAGGCUGCAUGGCCAAUGCAGAUGUCAGAUUGACCAUGCAGCACCCACAUACACAAUGCACUUCUCUCUCCAGAAUGCACUUCUCUCUCCAGAAUGCACUUCUCUCCCCAGAAUGCACUUCUCUCCCGCCAAUUUGUGCACAUUAAUUGUUUCAUAACUUCAUUUUGUGAAUUGUUGGCGUUUGAUUGUUAGUGUAUAUCAAUUCCCCAUUACAUAUAUCACUAGUAGUACAUUUACCGUUAAUUCCUAUAAUUUCUCAUCUGCAAUGUUUGUUUGGUUACGGUAAUUUCUGUUAAUAUAUUAUUAUUCCAUUUACCGUUCUCGUUGUCGGAGUGGACACAUUGUUUGAAGAGCGCACAACCUAUGCUACACUUGUGAGAAACAAUUUUAGGUUUAUUUAAUUCCAUUUAAGAGUUUUGUCAAUUCAAUUAAGUCAUUGUCUUUUGUUUGGAGUGCUGUCAACGUUGUGUAAGGACGCGCACCCGAUUAUGCUUAGAAGUAGGCCUAUAUGCUACCUGUUCUGUGAAGUAGGCCUAUAUGCUACCUGUUCUGUGAAGUAGGCCUAUAUGCUACCUGUUCUGUGUGCAAAAGUAGGCGUAAAUGUGCCCAUUUGGGGAUCUGAUAGUAUUUCUGUUUGGCUUAACACAACACAACUAAUGAGCUGUGGAGCUUCUCAAAGUAAUGUUUUCUUCAACUCAAACCGCAAGUGAACAAAGUCUGUUUUUACAUCCAUUGAGAAUGACCAUAGUUCCUCAAUGUAGGCGGCAGGUAGCUUAGUGGUUAAGAGCGUAGUGCCAGUAACCGAAAGGUCGCUGGUUCUAAUCCCCGAGCCGACUAGGUGAAAAAUCUGUCAAUGUGCCCUUGAGCAAAGCACUUAACCCUAAUUACUCCUGUAAAUCGCUCUGGAUAAGAGCGUCUGCUAAAUGACAAAAAAUGUAAAAUGUAGUUGAAAAAUCUUUCCAGCUCUCCCUUAGGAUAACCACUCAGCGUGAAAGAGAAAAAUGUCAUGCUCUGAUCCAGUGGAAAUGUCAUAAAAUAGGCCUACCUGAUUACUUCUUAUCAGUGCUUGACUUGGACUGAAAUAGGUUCCUGUACUCAUUUUGGGUGCUGGUACUGCUUAUGUAGGUGCAGGAGCUCCACAAUACUUUUGAGCUAGUAUUCUAUAAGAGGAACAGGGGCUCAAUCAGUAGAACAUUUGAGGUGUCGGUACUCAGCUCCGGUGAGCUCCUGUCCAAGUCCAAGCACUGCUUCUUAUCCCUUGCGCAACUAGCCUACAGCUGUGUCUGUCCCGAGCUCACUGGCACAGGAAACUCUUGAGGGCCCAGAAUAUUUCAUACAAUGUUGCAAGUUCGCUUGUGCAAGCUUUGUCGGACCCAACUUAAUUGAUACAAUGUUUCAAGUUCGUUGCAGACAGGCCAUGCGUAGCCAAUGUGAUUUAUAGUAUAUUUAUUUUUAUCAGGAUAUUUUCUACCUGCAGGCUGCAGUUUCUAUUUGUUUGGCUUUAUGUAGGCUAUUUUUACAUAAUUGGCAAUGACAAUAGAAGUUACUUUUUAGGUUUGUAUCACUUUCAUUUAGAUAGAAUUGAUUAACCACAUGACAAUGAUUUAGAGAUAUUAAGACAUUAUUAUAAAUUAAAUGAAACUGUUCCACGAAAAUGUGCAUAUGAAAACCAUAACUGGCACGCAGAUCGGUAGAAAUGGUAAGAUAAAUUGGCAUUCCACAUGAGAAUGGUUGCAGACUCCUUGUGUAGCCUAUUACCAGGAACUUCAGGAGAGUAAUGGCAGAAUCUGUGAAAGCCAGCAGGAGCGGGAGGAGAAUAGUUCGGUCAGGUUUUUUUUCCUUCUGGUUAUCUAGAUCUCUGGCGCCCUCUUGAGGCAUUUGUCUUAUUUCAUCAAACCCUAAUCUUAAAGCAUCAGACAAGCUCAAUGCAUAUAGUUGAAUUUAUUAAAACACAUAGGGUGUGUCUAUAUAUGGAAAAAUACACGUUUAAACAUUUCCAACAAUCAAUUGGUCGAAAGAACAGCCUUUCGGUCAACCAAUUUUUUAUUUAUUUUUUCACGGACAGCCCGAGUCCAUUCGUUCUGUUUUGAAUGUAUCUUAUCUGGGGUCUAUCUUCCAUCUCACCCACUAGGCUCCAUGUGAGGCAGAGGCGAGCUGCGCUGCUCUGGUUAAGGCUGGGAAGGUGUUUGCCACAGCAACAGAGGAUAUGGACGGUCUGACUUUUGGAACAGGCGUCCUACUAAGGCACCUCACCGCCAGCGAAGCAAAGUACUACUGCAGUUUCUAUACUACCUUAAUCAUUACCCAUCUUUCCUCCCAUUAUACAGUAUGUGCAGCAUCACAGCCAUACAGUUUGUGACUCUAUUUUAACAGUAGAAGAAGCGGUGUAUGUUAUUGGAUUCGGCGUGUGCUGGAUAUUCGUUUUUUGAGGUUUCUUAAAACAUUUCUGUUUCUCUAUCCUAGAAAGCUUCCUAUCCAGGAGUUCCAGUUCACUCGCCUUCUGCAGGACAUUAAUCUGACCCAUGAGCAGGUAUCUCCAAACAUACCCCCCCCUGUCUUCUGUUGUCAAGAACUGUCAGUGUUUUGUCAUUUUAAUGUGAUGAUGUGACAUCCGAGCAUGACCUUUUGAUUGUAAGUGUCUUCUAUCCCAGUCACUCUCCCCUCUGUAUUGCCUCUGUCUCAGUUCAUUGACCUGUGCAUACUGCUGGGCUGUGACUACUGUGGUACCAUCAAGGGAAUCGGGCCCAAGAGAGCCAUCGACUUGAUCAGACAACACGGCUCCAUCGAGGAGAUUCUGGAGAACAUCGACCCGUCUGUGAGUUCACCUGCUGUAGCUAAAUAGUGUUCCAGUGUUACAUUCUCUGUUGUUAUGACUUGCUCCUCUUCAGCGCACACAUUCACGACACUCCCACAUUACUAACAGUCCUUAGUUUAAUUUCAAAACAAUGACGCAGCAGUUCUCCCAGUCCCAGAAGUCAAUCUGAGUGUCUGUCUCCUUGGCCCCUUGCAGAAGCACCCUGCCCCAGAGGACUGGCUGUAUAAGGAGGCCAGAGGUCUGUUCCUGCAGCCUGACGUGGUGGACUGCUCCACCGUAGACCUCAAAUGGAGCGAGCCUGACGAGGACGCCCUCAUCCAGUUCAUGUGUGCAGAGAAACAGUUCAGGUGACUGAUUCGAUGAUUGAUAGUAUGAACAAUUAACCUCAUUGGCCCCAUUUUUACAUGGCAUAAGAGUAACACCUGUGUCAAACAGAGCUUUAAUACUCUUAACUCAAUGAUUUAUGUGAGUUUAGAAUGGCAGGGGCGAAUCUUAAUUUCUCCCAUUGAGGUCAAUGCAUGACUAAGGGGACAUUUGACUUAAGUGGAAGUUGGGAUUUGCCCCAAAUGGUGUAAAUGGUGGAAUAGAUACUUCAGUCACACUUCUGUUUUCUAAAUCAGAGACUAGCACUGCUUUUUCACUGUUGAAAUGUUAACAUUUACAUUGUGGCAGAUGCUAUUAUCCUGAGCGACUUACAGGAGCAAUUAGGGUUAAGUGCCUUGCUCAAGUACUAGUAUGAAAUACUGGGGGGCCAGUAUGAAAAAUAUAAUGUAUGCACUCACUAACUGUAAGUCGCUCUGGAUAAGAGCGUCUGCUAAAUGACUAAAAUGUAAAUGUACUACUGCAGAUUGUUAACCUAGUUGGCCCAGUGAUUCGAAGCCGCAACCUUUCGGUUACUGGCCCAACGCCCUUAACCGCUAGGCUAUCUGCCACCCCAAUCUCACACCACAUGAUGUUAUGUCAUGGUUGGUAUGAGUGAUGAAGUUUGACAUCCUGUGAGAUGUGUGUGUGUGAUGUGUUUUCAGUGAGGACCGCAUCAAGAACGGCUGUAAGAAGAUUAUGAAGAGCCGACAGGGCAGCACACAGGGACGACUGGACUCCUUCUUCACCAUCACCGGGUCUCUGUCAUCAAAGCGCAAGGUGCUUAGGACACUACAUCACAUACUUGACAGCAUGGUACACAUAUGGGCUUCAGAGAGAGAGAGAAGUGUGUGUGUGGCGCUAUAAACCUGUAGGAAGGACAAAUUAAGCUUAAUGACAAUUGUGUUAGCUUUAAAGCACACAGUACAGUUGUCUAUCAUCUAAGAUGAAGGGGGGUAUGGAACGUGGCAAUCCCACGUGUUAUACAUUGAAGAGGGGGGGGGGGGGGAGAAUCACUUGGGUGCCAAUAUGUACAGUAUGUCUUAUAUAAUAGAUAAGCUUGCCAAGAAAACUCAGUAGAGAGGAGAGUGCUGAUCUGAACCAGAUGUUCCUUGACUAUAUAAGUUAAAAUGUAUUUAUGUCUAAGAGAGUCCAAUGCUGGCUGCGUCCAGAAAAGGUCUCCCCUGCGCAGGUCGCUAUUGAAUAAGCCCUGGGGAAUUAUUAACAGUUUUCUCGACUACAAGAGCUGAUUUUUUUUUUCUACAACGCCUGUACAUUCGAAACAGUUGACAGUUCGGUUUAUUACAGAUUGUCUUUAGAGAAAAACAAACAAACAUGAAGUCUCUUGACCAUACUGUAUCCAUGUUAAAAUAAUCCUCUCUACUUCCUCCUUAUUUAGGAACCUGAGAUAAAGGGAUCUGCUAAGAAGAAACAGAAGACCGGUGCAACCCCAGGCAAAUUUAAGAAGGGUAAAUAGACUUCAAACAGGAAGUGAAGCAAGAAAAGCAGAAGUUAGUGCAGGAGUGUAUGAAUCACUUAGCUACGAUUAGUUACUACAAUUAUAGUGCAUCUGACCAUGUCUGUUUUUUUUCAUGUUGAGCUCGAAUUGAACUAGUCAAGUUUUAUUAAUGUUAUUUUUUUGUUGUUGAAUAAAAUAAAUAAUGGAUUUUGGCUUGUGAUUUAAAAACAAAAACAAAUUAAAUCGUACAUGCAUUCCCAUUCAAGUCUGAGAGCUAGGAGAGAGGGAGAUGCUUCUAUUGCUGACACCUUUGUUUGUUGCAUUUAUUGUUGUUGCAUUAUAGAUAUGACUGAAACAAAAUGUGCAAGAGUAGAGUCUUUAGAAAGGGGAAAUGUUUUUAUAGCACAUUCAUUUGCAUACUUGCAUAGACAUUUAAAGCAUCCUGUUAAAUAAAUACUGUAGUUUAUAUAUUAUGCAUAUAAUUAGAAAAUACACUACUUGCUUUUGAAAAUGAAAAUAAUUUAAGCAAACCAUUUUGUGCACUUAUUAGGAAUAUGAAGUCAUCACUAUCGUGACACUUGUCCCAUUUGAAUUGCAACUCUUCAGUUUGUCAGAACCCGCUACAGGUGUGAGAUAGGAUCUCCUUUCCUGUGAUCGGGGGGCCAGUAUUAAAAAAAAUAUGUAUUCACUAACUGGAAGUCGCUCUGGAUAAGAGCGUCUGCUAAUGACGUAAAUGUAAUAAAUGAUCGGUUUUCAAGAUUGGAAGGCAAGUGUCGACUUCUUAUCUAUCUUAUCUUUUCAUUUUAAUGUUCAGACUAAAUGAAAUGUUAUUACUAGUAAUGAUUUAAAAUGUUCAAAGUGCUGCUCUUGGUUCAUGUAUUAACUUCACAACUGAAAGACAUACAGUAUGUGAUGUUGGGAUUUAAGGUUCAGUGUAAUACAUUUGACAUUGUAGUUAUUUAGCAGGCACUCUUAUCCAGAGGGACUUACAGAUAGUGCAUUCAUCUUAAGAUGGGUCGGACAACCACAUAUCACAUUCAUAGUACGGUAAGUAUAUUGUUCCUUAAAGCAGCUAUCAGCAAAGUCAGUGCUAUAAGGGGUGGGGUGGGGGGGGGGCAGGGACUCUACCUUCUGAAAAGGUAGGUUUUCGGAAGAUGGGCAGGGACUCUGCUGUCCUCGCUUCAGGGGGAAGCUGGUUCCACCAUUGGGGUGUCAGGACAGAGAAGAGCUUGGACUGAGCUGAGUGGGAACUGUCCUCCCGUAGGGGUGGGAGGACGGAGUGCUCGGGUGUAGGGUUUCAGCCUGAAGGUAGGAAUGGGGCAAUGUGUUGUGUGAGUUGCUACACUAAAAGUGUGUGCGUUUGUCCUGUUUCAGGUUCAUCAGUUGUGUGGGAGUUCUCACAUGGCUUGUCCUGAGAACAUGAUUUUUCAUACAAUGUCCCCCCCCCCCCCCCCCCCCCCCCCCCCCCCCCCACACACAUUAACUGCAAUUAAUGUUAUUAUCCCACAAUGAAAAACGUAUCGUGUAUAAUUGUUUCAUUUCUGACAGUAAUGAAAUGUAUAGGCCAUAUAAAGCUGUUGAAUCAGUGGCUAACACACACUUUCCAUUAAACAUCAGUCAGUGGACAGCUGGGGUCCAUUUCAUUUGAAACUGGUGAAACAUGGCUAAGGCCACCUCUGCAAUGUUUCAAGUGACUGAAACAAAUUGUGCAACAUUAGAAGGUUCAUUAGAAAAUGGAAAUGUUCUUAACACUUAUUUUUACAGUGUUUUCACAACUGAUGAGGACACCCAGUACAUAGACUAUUCAAGCAUCCUGUUAAAUAAAUACUGUAGUAUUCUUUUAAAUUAAUUUCUAACACUUAUUACGAAGUACGUCACUGAUGAGAUGUGAGAUGUGUCACAUAAAUUUCAGCAUUUUAGUUUGUCAGACCACACUAUGGGUGUGUGAUAGUCUCUCCUGUGGACCGUUUACAUCAUUGGAAGGCAAGUGUCGACUUCUUCACUAUCUUAUCUUUACAUUUUAAUGUUCAGAUUACAUUUAGGAAAUUAAUUACAAGUAAUGAGAUUCAAAAUGUUCAAUGUACGGCUGUUAGUUCAUGUAUUAGCUUCACAACUGAAAUACCUAUGUGAUGUUGGGACUAAAGCUUACAUGCGAUAUCAGUAUGUGUCAUGUGAGUUACUAUACCAAUGUGUUGUGUGAGUUAAGCUACUCUACCAGUAAGUGUGUGUUUGUCCUGUUUCAGGUGAUCAGUAGUGUGUGAGUUUUCACAUGGCUUGUCCUGAGAACAUGUUUUUUCUCAUUGGCCUCUUUAUGUCAGGUGAGUCUUCCACACAGCAACAACUAGUUAUGAAUCAGACAGAGGAAUAAGCACAAGUCAUGAUAUUUCAUGGUAUGAGCUAUAUUCCCAUCUGUCUCAAUGUGUAGAAAAGUGUACAGUUGACUCCUGAUAAUGUAGAGGGUUCUUUGCACAGUGCUGAUAUUCUCUUAUUCUUAAACAAACUUUAAACUUUAGAAAAUGACACAGACACUGAGUAUAUGUAAAAUAUCUUUAGUUAUGCAAUUGUAGGCAGACGUUAAUAUUGAGUCAACAGCGAAAUGUAGCUCUUCAUAAGUUCUGCAAAGUGUCCAAAACAAUCUCUGCUUUUCGUACAUGCACGCCCUUCCCUGGCAGAUCAGGAGCCACCUUGUUUUCUUCUUGUGGCUAUGUGUAAGCAACGAGAAAUUGAAACAAUACAGGUCUCUGUUCCUCAAGUUUAUCUCUAUCCCAUGUCCUUGACUACACGCCCAGACCAGCUGCAGGGAGCUGGAGGGAACCAUCCUUACGAAAAGCACAGCAUUGGUAGUUAAGAAAUGUCUCUGCUAUUGUUAAGCAUAUUAAUUGUUAACUAUUAAUAUUAAACAAAUCAGGUAAAUACGUGAUCUUUCUCUCACAGCAUAAUAGAUAAUAUAUUCCCCAUUAAUAAGUAUAGUUUAAUAGUCUGGAUUCAAUGCUGGAUGAAUGCUCCAGUUUAGGGCAUGGAGUCACGACAUCAGGAAUCACCUGUACAUUGAAAUGAGUUCAUAUUUUUUGCUGAAGAGGGAGAAAAUUAGGAGAGAGUGACUGUACUGAAAAGAUCACAUAACCUCCCUGAUGUUGUCCUUUAUGUUGCAGGUGUUUUGGCCUGUUUUGGCCAACGAGGUUUGAUCGCCACAAUGCCAGUUAGACUGGAUGUACUGACUGGCUCCUGUGUGCAAAUCCCAUGUGCAUUUGAUAUUCCUGACCAAAAUGACUAUAAAUUUAACAGCACAAUACUUACCUUUGGAGUGUGGAUUAAAGAAUCACCACAGUUUGCUCAGAGUCCGGACAAUGUUGUAUUUAACAGUAGUAAGAAGGUCAACAGAUAUCAAGGGAAGAUAACUGAAAACAUGUCCCAGAAGAACUGCACCACAGUCUUCUUCAAUGUAAACUGCAGUUACUCUGAUAAAUACUUUUUCAGGAUUGAAAGUCAACCAUACCGUGCAACAGACAUUGAAAAGUCUGUUAAUAUAGAUUUCAGGGGUAAGAGACAAUUUAACUGUUUACCAACUAUUUUAUCCAGUUUAGAUUCCUUGCAUCAAAGAUAAGAGUUGAACUAAUGGACAGUUGAGCUAUUAGUGUAAAAUAUCUUUAUUUUUAAUGUAUUACAGAUUUUCCUCCCAGCCCCAUCAUUACUGUCUCAGGUGAGGUGAAGGAAGGGACCCCUGUCAGUUUGAACUGCUCUGCUGUCGCUCCCUGUCCCGAACACCCCCCUGAGCUGAUAUGGACUCUCCCAACACAGUUCACACCUGAGAACCAACUGCAGGAGAAUCCAGACCAAACCAAAUCAGUUCUCUCCACGGUGACCUUCACUCCGUCAUACCUUCAUCAUGAGAAGAACAUCACUUGUACUGCAGUCUACCCAGUAGGGACAAGCAACAAGACAGCUGAACAUACCAUGAUGCUUAACGUUUCAUGUAAGAUUUAGUUACAAUUUCCUGUAGAAUAGAUAAUUCUAUCAUGUUUUCACUGAUGAUUGUCAUAGAGUGGUUUUGAUUAGACUAUUCAAUAUACCACAUCCAGAUACAUUCUAAAUGAACCCUUCUCCCUCAGUCUCUCCUAAGGACACCUCAGCCUCCAUCAGUCCAGCUGAUCCAGUAUUAGUGGGCAGCUGUGUUAAUCUGACCUGCAGCAGUACAGCCAACCCUCCUGUGACAAACUUCACCUGGUUCCAGAUCAGUGGGGGUAAACCAACACAGGUAGCAUCUGGACAGAGUUAUACCCUCAAUGUGACUGUUGGUGAUGGAGGACUGUACUACUGUGAAGCAAGAAAUAGUCACGGCCGUGGGAAGUCAAAGGAAGUGUGGCUGGCUGUUAAAGGUAAAACGCAUGUGUCGGGCACAAUCUUAGAUUAGACAUACGCUAUAUCUACGAAAGUAUGUGGACACCCCUUCAAGUUAGUUGAUUUGGCUAUUUCAGCCACACCCGUUGCUGACAGGUGUAGAAAAUCGAGCACACUGUCAUGCAAUCUCCAUAGACAGUAGAAUGGCCUUACUGAAGAGCUCAUUGUCUUUCAACGUGUGCCACGUGUGUCAUAGGAUGCCAACUUUCCAACAAGUCAAAUUGUCACAUUUCUGCCCUGCUAGAGCUAACUCGGUCAACUGUAAGUGCUGUUAUUGUGAAGUGGAAUCUUCUAGGAGCAACAACAUCUCAGCCGCGAAGCGAUAAGCCACACAAGCUCAGAGAACAGGACAGCUGAGUACUGAAGCACAUAGUUCGUAAAUAUCAUCUGACCUCAGUUGCAACAUUCACUACCGUGUUCCAAACUGCCUCUGGAAGCAACGUCAGCACUAGAACUGUUUGUCGGGAGCUUCAUGAAAUGGGUUUCCAUGGCCGAGCAGCCACACACAAGCCGAAGAUCAACAAGCGCAAUGCCAAGAAUCGUCUGGAGUGGUGUAAGGCUUAGCUCAAUUGGACUCUGGAGAAUAGGAAACCGGUUCUCUGGAGUGAUGAAUCCCGCUUCACCAUCUGGCAGUCCGACGGACAAAUGUGGGUUUGACGGAUGCCAGGAGAACGCUACCUUCCCCAACGCAUAGGUCCAACUGUAAAGUUUGGUGGAGGAGGAAUAAUGGUCUGGAGCUGAUUUUCAUGGUUCGGGCUAGAACCCUUAGUUCCAGUGAAGGAACAUCUUAAUGCCACAGUGGAGGCUGUUAUAACAGCAAAGGGGGGACCAACUCCAUAUUAAUGCCAAUGAUUUUGGAAUAAGAUGUUUGAUGAGCAGGUGUUCACAUACUUUUGUUCAUGUAGUGUACUUUAGAGAUCUUUUAGUUAGAAAUGACCAUAAUAUGUGUUGUAUUUUCAGGGCAAGAAGAGCCUAUUAACCCAAUGGUUUUUGGCGUUGCAGCAGGAACUCUGGGGGCCUUUUUUCUUAUCAGCCUGAUCAGUCUUUUUGGAUGGUAAAAACUAUUCCUGGCAUCAAUGCAAAACUAUUUAUUUAUGUUGUGUUUGUGCUUUUGCAUAUGAAAACCCUCUCAGUGCAUUCAGAAUACCUUUCUAAAUGUCUUCCAGGAGGAGAAACUCUAGGCUCCCCGAUGGACUUGAAAGGACGGACAAUCCACAGGGACAGGUGGGUAUAAGGCUCAACUUUCAUAACACAUCUACAAAGUGUAUCUAAGGAAGUACUGAAUUAAUGAUGAAACUCUCCAAAGCCAUGAGGUUAACAUCAUUUUAGAGGAAGUUCACGGGGAGAUGACCACACUGAAAACAGUGCCACAUCCUUUACGAACAUCAAAUGAUAACAGAAUAGCUGUUGGACUUUGACAGUGUUUACUUUAGACUGGAGCUCAUUUGUUGUCAAAAUGUAAUUAUUUUCUUCUGUCAGUUUAAUUGACAUUGUCAUUGACAUCCCCUCAGUAUGUGUUGUGUAACCUGCUGACUUUAGAGUUUUACAAAUGACUGAGCUUAGAACUUUACACCUGUUCCUCUCUCUGUGUUCUCUCCACAGAACUCCCCGGUUGGGACGGUGUGUGUUAACCAGACCACAGCCGGAGAGAAACCAGAGGAACCUGCAGAAGACCAGCCUGAAGAGAUCCACUAUGGUGACAUAGACUUCUCCAAACUACGGCCCAAAGAGACCCCAGCUGCAGCCCAGGACAGGAACAGGGUCCAGGGGCAGGAGAGUGAGUACGCUGAAGUCAAUGUGACCAGGAGAGGGCCCCAGGAACCACACCUUAACUACAUAGAUGGGCUU